UUUAUGGAACCUUCCUCCUAUUCCAAAAUACUUUUAAUCAAAAAGUAAAACAAAUAGAAAAAGUUAGAGGCACAGUACUAUCUUCAAAGAGCGAGAGGAUCCGAGGGAGUGUCCGAGAAAUCAAACGAAUUCAUACGGCGCGGUGAACUUGAGAAUAUUCCAACAAAACAACAAUAGAGAGAGAAAGCGAGAGAGUAUUUAUUUAUUUAUUUAUUUAUUAAUCUCUGAUUAAUUAGCAUCACUGUUUAAUUAGCAUCAGAGUUACAAAUCCAGUUUCAUAAUCUUUCAGAAAGAGUAUAAUAGCUUAUAGCUCUAACAGCAAGCAACUAUUAUCUAUUAUCUAUUAUCGUUACGAUGAAUAACGAAAAAGAGAAAACCGUUUCUUCAUCAUCUUCUUCCUCCUUUACCUUAUCCAAAGGUAUCAAUGGUCUCGAGAAGGUUCUUCUUCGUGAGUCUCGUGGUUCAUCCGCAGAGGUUUACCUGUACGGUGGUCACGUGACUUCUUGGAAGAAUGAACAUGGCGAGGAAUUGCUUUUUCUCAGUAGUAAGGCUAUCUUUAAGCCACCUAAGGCUAUUCGCGGAGGGAUUCCAAUAUGCUUUCCACAAUUUGCAAACCAUGGAACCCUGGAAUCACAUGGAUUUGCUAGAAAUCGAUUUUGGACCAUUGAAGAUGAUCCUCCUCCUUUUCCAACAAAUAAUUUGAGCAAAGCCUUUGUUGAUUUGAUUCUUAAACCCUCUGAAGAAGACUUGAAGAUCUGGAAUCACAGUUUUGAGUACCGUCUGAGGGUAGCUUUGGGACCCGCAGGAGAUUUGAUGUUGACUUCUCGGAUUCGGAACACAAACAGUGACGGGAAGCCAUUUUCGUUCACCUUUGCUUAUCAUACAUAUCUAUCAGUAUCAGACAUAAGUGAAGUUCGGGUUGAGGGAUUAGAGACCCUGGAUUAUCUUGACAACUUGCGGAACAAGGAGCGUUUUACUGAACAGGGGGACGCCUUGACAUUUGAAUCAGAAGUUGACAAGAUAUAUCUUAGUACUCCAACAAAGAUUGCAAUUAUUGAUCACGAAAAAAAGAGGACAUUUGUUUUGCGCAAAGAUGGCAUUCCCGAUGCUGUGGUGUGGAAUCCUUGGGAUAAGAAAGCAAAGGCUAUGGCUGAUUUCGGCGAUGAUGAGUACAAGCAUAUGCUUUGUGUAGAGGCUGCUGCUGUUGAAAAGUCUAUCACUUUGAAACCUGGAGAAGAAUGGAAAGGAAGACUAGAGCUUUCAGCUGUUCCAUCUAGUUACUGUAGUGGGCAGCUUGAUCCCCAGAAAGUUCUUCAGGGCAGCUGAAAGAUCAUUGUUGUGUUCUGUGUCCUGUACAGGUAGCCUGUUGCAAAAUUUACUGAUGAUGAAAGGAGAAUUUCCCAGUAUUUUUGCCCCUACAUGUUCCGUUCCAUCUGUGUUGGAAAGAUGAACUCAUGUUGGUUAGGAUUUUAUGAACUGUUGUUUUUUUUCCCUUAUAAUGGAUGACUAGUGUGGUCAUAACAAAACUGAACAAAGCAUAUGAUCAGACGGGUCCACAGUUGCUAUGGAAAAACAAAAUUACAGCCUACAAUUUAACAGAUUUUCACGUUGAGUUGAAUGGCCCCCAAUACCCAGAGGGAUUCCUUUUGAAUCCACGUGGUAAUUUGGAUUCUUAAAUCCCUACAUUUGUUUACUAUGUUGGUGGAGUACUACUUCCUUGAAGAAUAAUAUAAAAGGAAUGUAUGACAGAUUCGUUAAGUUAUAUCAAAUAUUUGAAGGUUAUUUUGUUA